AUGAAACCUUCCAAAAAAAAAUAUGCUUAUAUUCGAAACGGAGUUAUCUACCACGGCGAUGAAGCUAUUCACGCCAAAGAAUUAUCGGAGGCCGAAAAACACGUAAAAGAGUUAAAAACUAAACUUGAGAACAUUAGAGCCUAUGACUCAUCUAAUUUUAAUGGCCCAGAUAAUCCUAAUAGUCCUAACGACCCCAUUGACCCUAAUGACCCAGAUAAUCCUAACGGUCCUAAUGGUUCGGAUGAUAAAAGUGAUAAUGAUAGUGAUUUAGAUAUGCCGACAUUUUCCGCCUGCAAUGGUGAAAAGGAUGAUCUUAGAGAUCUUGUGAAUGGAGGUUGUAAUAAUAAAACUAUAGGCAAGAUAUUCUCAUCGGGAUUAGACAAAAAUGUAAUGAAAUCUCAAAUCCAGGUUGCUGAAGUGGCUGUUUGUGGAAACGUAGCAGGGAUCGAGAAAAAUGUGGACGUAAACCACAAUAGUUCUACUCAGCUCAGUUUUCGGGCGGGUAAUCUCGAAGCGACGGCCUUUGGCCUGGAUGUCAGUAGAAAUGUUAUUGGAAACAAUAAUAGAGUAACAAUUGAUGACAAGAAGGUAACUAACGCUGAAAUUUCUGUGGGAAACAUUCGUGCUACUGCCUUUGAUGGAGUUGCCAACGAUAAUAUAAUUGGCUCCCAUAACGUGGUGAUUAGUAAACGCGUAAAUGCGACUCCAAUCAGGUAUAAACAAAGAAACGUCAAUUUUACGGGUGUUGAUGCGAGAUUCCACAAAAAUUUGGUUGGAAAUAAUAAUGUAAGAGCUACUUUUGAAGCCAAUUUUACUGGGGCUAACGUGGAGCGUAAUAAUGUUGAUAUUACAGGAAUCAAUACAGGUAGUAGCAACAACGUGAAUGGAGAUGGCAAUAUAAUUGCCUCUUUACGUGCAAAAGCAACGCUUUUCAACUCCAAAACAGGAUGUUCCAGUAGAGCGAGGCAUAAUUUCUCCAAGGAUAAUGAAGAAAAAGGAAAAAAUCUAAAACUGGAUGGUCAAUUAAAAUUCACUGCGUUCGAUCAUCAAAAAUCCAAUGAAACCGUUUCUAACAAUAAGAAUGACAAAACAGAUUUCAAUGUGGAUAUGACUCUAAUCAGCAACCAAGAAAACAAUAGAGUUAUAAAUAAGGGCCAGUCUGGUAUCGCAUUCAGAGUUAUUGGGACCGGUAAAAGUACCGGGAAUGUAAUGAUAAGCGAACCAUCGUUAGGUGCUGAUAUAGUCAUUAGCAGACAGAUCUCGGAGGGUAAUGUGAAUUUCGGCACACGUUUACAACUUGUCCUUGCGCCACCUUCUUCGGGGAUUGGAAUACCAUUUUUGGGGGGAGGUUCAACUAGUAACGGCGAUGAAAGUAGCAAUGGUGACAAUAAAAAUGACAGCAGUGGUAAAAACAAGGAUAGUGGUUGUGACAAUUAUAAUCAUGGUGGGGGUGAUACGGAUAAACAUAAAAAUAACGAUAGAAGUGGCGGUAGUGAUAAUCAUGAAGGUGAGCAUAGGAAUGAGGGCGAUGAUGGUCAUAGAGGAGAUGAUAAUAAUGGUAAAAGGCAUAAGGAUAACGAUAGAAGUGACGGUAGCAAUAAUCGUGAAGGUGGUUAUAGGAAUGGGGGCAAUGAUGGUAAAAAACAUAAAGAUAACGAUAGAAGUGGCGGUAGCGAUAAUAAUGAAGGUGAGUAUAGGAAUGAGGGCGAUGAUGGACAUAGAGAUGAUGAUAAUGGUAAAAGACAUAAGGAUAACGACAGAAGUGGCGGUAGCGAUAAUCGUGAAGGUGGUUAUAGGGAUGGGAGCGGUGAUAGCCAUAGGGGUGGUGACAAUGAUGGUAAAAAACAUAAAGAUAACGAUAGAAGUGGUGGUAACGAUAAUCAUGAAGGUGGUUAUAGGAAUGAGAGCGAUGAUGGUCAUAGAGAUGAUGAUAAUGGCAAAAGACAUGAGGAUAACGAUAGAAGUGGCGGUAGCGAUAAUCGUGAAGGUGGUUAUAGGGAUGGGGGCAGUGAUAGUCAUAGGGGUGGUGACAAUGAUGGUAAAAAACAUAAAGAUAACGAUAGAAGUGGCGGUAACGAUAAUCAUGAAGGUGGUUAUAGGAAUGAGGGCGAUGAUAGUCAUAGAGGUGGUGAUAAUAAUGGUGUUGGUCGUGAAGAAAUUGAGAAUAGUGGUAGCGAUAAUCGCGAAGGAGGUGGAAGUGAAAAUUCAAGUAUUCGUGAAACCAAAGGCGAUAAUUUAAAUACUUUUGAAAAUAUGAACCCAGAUACUAAUGGCGACUUCAUUUACCUGGUUAACGAAAAUGCAUUUACUUCCGGAAAUUAUUUGUCCAGUUCUUAUUGGGAUUCUGCAUUUCUAUUCCAAAAUGAUGGCAUCUUCGAAAGUGAUCAGAGAAACCGCAACAAUGCUAACACAUAUCUUCAACCUUAUGUUGCGGAUGACUCCGUUGUCAUAACCAAUGGACAAAAUACCCCCGGCUAUUAUAGUAUUUAUCGAGACGAACAGAGCGAUUACUACGACAAUAUUGAAACAUUUCUUCCUUCUACAGAUGGAUAUUCCUCUCUCUCAGUUUUGAAUGGCUUAAAUUCACUUGGUACAAGUCAAAGUUAUUCACAAGGUGCUCAGGGAAUUCAUGAAUUUGUUGAUAUUCAUAAAGAUGACACUAGUUUACAAGCAGACGACACUAUUGAAAGGAGUAGUGGAUAUACCAUCAGCAACGGCAGUGACAGUAAAUAUCACGUCGCAGGAGAAAUACAUCUUUCUAGUAAAGAAGGUAAUCUUAUUUCAUCUGAUACUUCUAAUAAUAAUAAAAAAUCUUCUUUCUCUCUGGAAAAUGAGAACAUAAUUCAUAACGAUGCCAAUGGAGUCAGAAAUUCUCAAGGUCUCACAGUAUUUGAGCAAGUCUUGGCAAACACAAUUCGUGAAAAUCCACAUUUGGCUCCAGCAUUACGCAUCGCACUAUCUCGCACCACUCCCACAUCUAAUUCUAUCUUAGAAUCCCCGGGAGAUUCUGCUGCAGAUAUUGAUACUCUCAUUACGAGAAGUAUUUUCCAUGCCGAGGCUACCGGAAAACAUAAGAAUCAAGCACAGAAGAAUGAUAGUAGUAAUUUACCCGUCUUUCCUAGCCCUAAUGGGUAG